AUGGCAACUCACAAGCCAUCCAACGAUAUGGAAACGAGCGAUGGUUGUCAUAAUAUGGUCACCUUGGAUGAUGACCCCGUCGUCAUCUGUGGCAUGGCCAUGAGACUUCCCGGGGGCGUAAGCAACUCAGAACAACUCUGGGAGCUACUUUUGCAAAAGCGUUGUGCAUCCAUUCCGAUCCCCGGCAGCCGAUUCAACGUGGAAGGAUAUUAUAGUCGGCACCCGCGACCAGGAACAAUGCAUUUCGAGAAGGCCUACAUCCUAGACCAUGUCGAUUUGGAUCGUUUCGAUACAUGCCACUUUCCAUUCAGUCGGAAAGAAGUCGAACAGAUGGAUCCAGCUCAGCGAUUGCUCUUGGAGAUCACGUGGGAGUGCCUUGAGAACGCUGGGGAGGUGAAUUGGCAGGGCAAAGCUGUUGGUUGUUAUGUGGGCUCUUUUGCAGAGGAUUGGACCACUGAAAUGGAACGUGACACACAAUACUUUGAUCAUUACCCCGCUGGAAAAUGGGAUUUUAUGCUGUCCAAUAGAAUUUCAUAUGUGUACGACUUCCGAGGCCCUAGUAUGACCAUCAGGACCGGGUGCUCCGGGACAUUGGUAGCUCUGAACCUAGCUGAACAGGCUGUCAAGUCCGGCGAGUGUUCUUCUGCCAUCAUCGCUGGUUGUAGCAUGUUUUUGUCAGGCCCCAUUGCCACCAAGGGUUCAUUUGGCACUGUGGGCGCUACGGUCUCUCCGCAGGGCAUUUGCAAGACGUUUGACGCUGACUGUGACGGGCUUGGGCGCGGCGAGGCAGUCAACGCCAUCUAUGUCAAAAGGCUUUCUCAUGCGGUGCGAGAUGGAAAUCCCAUCCGCGCUAUCAUUCGAUCCACAGCUACUCAGCAUGAUGGCUCUGGAUCCGGCAUGUUGAUACCCAAUGGACACGCGCAGGAAUCUCUCAUUCGACACACUUAUGAUAUUGCUGGCAUUAGAGACUUCUCUAAGACUGCAUUUUUCGAAUGUCACGGCACAGGGACAAUUGUGGGAGAUCCCAUCGAGGUUGCGGCCGUCGAAAGGAUAUUCGGGGAACACGGCAUACUCAUCGGUAGCGCCAAGCCCAACUUCGGGCACUCGGAGGGCGCCGCUGCCUUGACCAGCAUUAUCAAGGCGACUCUCAUGCUUGAGCGAGAAACCAUUGUACCGAAUGCCAACUUUGAGAAGCCCAAUCCAAAUAUUUCUUGGGCCAACGGCCUGAUCAAGGUUCCGACGAAGGUACAACCUUUUCCUGUGGACAGGUGUAAGAGAAUCAGUGUUAAUGCUUUUGGUAUGGGUGGCACCAACACACAUGUCAUUUUGGAAGCCUAUGAAAACAAAGAUAGCCAUAUCAACACCACUAGCUCGGAAGAGUCCCAUUUACUAUUGUUAUCGGCAUCAAACCCAAAAUCUCUUGAGCUACUACAACAGGCCUAUAUGCAAUAUAUUCGGGAAAGGUCGCCCAACACGGCGGAUCUGGCUUACACACUGGGGAUCCGGCGAUCCAAGAUGGCUUAUCGGUCUUUCAUUAUUGCCAACAACAAGAGUCAAAGCGCAGAACCAGAAAAUUGUGGUCAUGUUGUUAAGCCAAAGACAAGACAGGUCGUCUUUGUCUUCAACGGCCAGGGGACACAUUGGGCCACAAUGGGCAAGGUUUUGGUUGAAACCAGUCCGAUAUUCCUCAAAUGCAUUCGGAGAUUAGACACGGCGCUCAGAAACCAACUACCACAACAUCUCAGGCCUUCUUGGACCAUCGAGGCCGAGUUAGUCAAGGACAAGGCUCAAAGCCGUUUUGAGGAUUCUGAAUACGCACAAACCUGUUGCACUGCCGUUCAGAUCGGCAUCACGGAUGUUCUUCGGAGUUGGUCCGUUCUCCCUGACGCUAUCAGUGGUCAUUCGAGUGGAGAGAUCGCAGGGGCCUAUGCUGCGGGCGUUCUAACUGCAGAGACGGCUAUUAUUAUAGCGUACUUUCGAGGCACAGUUCCUAAGCGUACCGGAAUUGCGGAGCAAAAAGGCACCAUGGCAGCCGUGAUGCUCGGCUCUGAUAAGAUAGCCAACUAUUUGGUUGAUGGAGUCGUUGUCGGUUGUGAGAACAGCCAGUCUAGGACCACAAUUUCUGGUGAUCAGUCGGCAGUUGAAGCUACUGUUGGCAAAGUUAAGGCCGACGGUAUCUUGGCCAAGACCCUCAAUAUCGGCUUUGCCUACCACUCACCUCAUAUGCUGCCAUGUGGCCCAGAGUAUGAAAAGGCAAUCCGCCCCUUCGUACAAUCAACUUCGACCGCGGCUCCAGUGCCAUUCUUCUCUAGCGUCACAGGAGGACGCGUCGCUGAUCCCACUGUUCUUGCUGAUGCCAAAUACUGGCAUCAAAGUCUGGUUCAGCCCGUUCGAUUUCAUAAUGCUCUGAGAGGCCUACUGGAGUCACUGGGAUCUAAUCGAAGCCAGGCCGCUCACCCAGUGAUAGUGGAAAUUGGCGCCCGCCCGGCUCUCCAAGGCCCCAUUAAAGAGAUCUUGGGCGAUUUCCCUGACAUGACUGCGUCCUGGGUACCGACACUAGAGCCGAAGAGCAACGACGGUAGCUUGCUUAGAGUUGCUGGGAGGCUAUUCUGCGAGCAUGUCAACAUGGACUACAGCGCCUUUACACCUCCAGGCAGGACUCUUGCGGAUGUGCCUCCGUAUACAUGGGCUCACGACGAGUCUUUCACAGCAGAGCACCGCUUGAUGAAGGCCUACCAGGAAAGCAAAUUUCCUAUGCACGAUCUUCUUGGCCGUCGUGUGUUUGAAACAAGCGCUUUAGAGCCGGCCUGGCGUAAGGUGCUGAACAUUCAAGAUGUUCCUUGGUUGGCUGAUCAUGUCAUCGACGGUCUUUGCAUCUUUCCCUUUACGGGAUACCUUUCGAUAGCAGAAGAAGCUCUACGCCAGGUCACACCAGGUGGAGUUUUGGACUCCUUUGAGGCCAGAGACUUCAUCGUGACUAAGCCCUUGCAAUUGGAUCCUGGCACGCCAGUCGAGAUCCAUACCAGGUUGAGACGUCUCGGCGAUGGGGAUGCAACCUCCUACAGCGUUCAAAUCACAUCCUGGAAGAACAACAUAUGGACAGAGCAGUGCCACGCUCUGAUACGGGCAGGUCCGUUUCCCCAUCGGCCUCUAAGGAAUAUCAAGAGAAGCGUAUUUCCGCGCGCGAUAUCUUCAAAGUUCUGGUACGAUUCCGUGCAGCGUCGAGGCUACACAUACGGUCUCACAUUUCGAGGCAUUGACAAUAUCACGGCGAGCCCCUCUGAGAUGGCAGCAACAGCCUGCGUACAUUCUUUGAACAAUGAACCUACGGGACAUUAUCUCAUCCAUCCAUCAGCAACCGACCAGUGCAUGCAAAUGAUGGGUAUAGCGUAUUGCCAUGGUCUGCCUCGACAUGCCAAGUACGGAUACAGGCCUACAUCUGUCAGACAUAUCUUUAUCUGUCGCCACGAAAGCAACAUGAGUUUCUGGGCUACGGGAACAGCAGAAGUGUCAACUCUGGACGGGAAGCUCUCGGGGACAGUUUGUGCUUACACGAACGAUGGGCGGGAGCUCAUGACUAUGAGCGGCAUUGAGGCGACUCCGACAGUUAAUCAUGUCAAGUCCACUGUUGAAAUGCCUCUGUUGAGUACAGUAAAGUGGCAUGACUCGGCAACGUUUUACCCAUUUCAUGAGGUUCAAGGGACUUCGGAAGAGUACCUAGCAAAGGUUAUGAGCGUUCUCACGCACACAAAUCCACAGCUGAGGAUCCUGGAAAUUGGUCCAGGCUCAGACACAACGACGACCGAAUGGCUUUUGAAGCAUCUCCGGCCAACCAAAGGUCGCCAAAUGUUUUCUGAGUACCAAUACGCAGGCUUGUCCUCAGAAGGAUGUGAAAAGGCGAAAGAAUCUUUGGGAGACGUCGAUGGCCUCGAAGUCAAAUCCUGGCCAUCGGUGGCCAACGACUCGUCAAACAUCCAUGGCUAUGAUGUUAUUAUCAGCAACAAUGCGUCCCAAGGUUUGACAGAGAAGCUUGAGGAGUACCUCACUUUGGUGAAAACUUUGCUUCGACCGACCGGGGCUGGUGUGCUCAUCCUGUUUGAGAUACUCCAAGACGACGAAGGAGUAGCCUUUACCAAAGAGUCCGAGCCCAAGGAAUCGCAUAUUCUGUCAGCACUCAGUCACGCCGGUUUUGACCUAUCCUGGAAAAACGAAAGUGACAGGCUUAGAUCGCCGCUAACUUUACGACCCUUGCUGGCUGACGUCCCUCAGCACAUCCACAUCAUCGAGCCCAAUGAGAAAUACAUGCUUGUCGAACAGUUCAAGUCGGACCUAUCAACCACUUCAAUCACGUUUCAGAAAACCGCCAUGGACAACAUCCCCCCCGGAAAAGAUCCUUUGGUAUUCUUUCUAGAUCUGGCUGGCCCGUACCCCUACAACUUAUCCAACAGCCCCGAGGCCUUUGUAGUUUUCAUGAGCUUUAUCGAGCUCUUGCUCAAGUCACAACGCCCGAUGGUUUGGAUAACAUCCCCCUGUCACCAGGGAGACUGCAAAGACGCACGUUACGCUAUGAUCCAUGGCUUUGCGCGUACAUUGCAUCACGAGGUGAAAGACGACAUUACUGUGAUCGAGGUAGACACCAAGGCAGGCGAUCCAAAGAUUAUCAGCAAGGCUCUGUUACGAAUUCUCAGGAGCUUGCCGCACAGACGCUUCGGUGAUGUCUUUGGGCCUCCAGAUGCCGAAAUAGCCAUCGUUCAAGGCGAUUCCUUCAAGGUACCGAGGUUGCAAUGGACUACAACAGAAGAAGAGCUUUCUCUCUGCGCGUCACAGGGGUCUGGGUCAAAGUCGUUCGCAAAACUUGCCCUUGGAAAGCCUCAGGAUGUCAGCUCUUUGCAAUGGGUAAACUAUCCACUGCCUGACGCUGUCGGCCCAGAUGAGAUCAGGGUUGAGGUAGAAGUGGCAUCGGUUAGCAAACAUGACUUGACCUUGGCCAGGGCCACCAUCGAUACCAGGUUCUUAUCUUUAGGCCAAGAGGGUGCUGGCAUCGUCAAAGAGGUGGGCAGUGGCGUGCAAGACUUCCACGUUGGAGAUAGGGUUGCCUUUCUGGCAAAUGGCGCUGUUGCGAGCCACCUGGACAUCGCAUCCGCGAACUGUCUUCGUCUUUCCGACGACGAAUCACUUGAGGAUGCCGCUUCCUUGCCCCUUGCUCGCGUGACUGCCUACCUAUGCGUUGUGGAAUUUGGGAAAAUUGAGAAAGGAGCGACUAUCCUCUUACCAUUCGUCAAGAGUCUUGCAUUUCUGGCGACUGUGCAGCAACUAAAGAUGAUUGAGGCAAACUUGUACUUCACUAUCCAGUCAUCUUCCCACAGGUCCCUUCUCGAGAACGGCCUUCAGAUCCCCUCCCCUUUUAUUCUGUCUGAUGGGGAUUUGGAGAAUGGCCCUCUAAGCAACCUGCGGGCUGACUACAUCAUCGCUUUUGGGGGCCAAGAGUCACGCAACUUGCUGUUACGCUGUCUAUCCUCAUCCGGCACAUUCCUGGACGUGUUGUCAGAGCCACCUCAUUCGGUAAAGGAAGCAGCACCGCCCCUUCAGGGUUCCCAGGCCUACCGCCUCGUCCAGGUUCACCAAUUACUACAAGCCGAGCCUCAGCUGAUAGCAAAAGCUUUGCACGAGUCGCAGGGUUAUAAGCUACCAUUUGCUAGCGGCAAAACCUUUGAAGCCGAACAGCAUCGUGAAGCACUCCAAGCCACUUCUUUUGACUUCGGCCAUGCGGUUCUCAGGCUCCCAACCGAAAAAACGCGUAAGCAGCUCCCGAUGUCAGGAUUAGCGACGGGGCUCUGCUUCCGGCCUGAUGCGUCUUAUAUCCUUGUUGGAGGUCUUGGCGGACUGGGCCGCACUGUCGCAACGUGGAUGGUGGAAAAAGGAGCCAAAGAACUUAUAUUCCUCUCACGCUCGGCCGGAGAGGGUCCGGACACCUCGGCUUUCCUGGGCGAGCUGCGCAGUCAAGGCUGUGAUGUGAAGACAGUGGCAGGCAGCGUCGUCAACCCAGAGGACCUAAUCCGAACCAUUAGAGCGGCAGGAAAACCCAUCGCUGGUGUUUUCCAAAUGUCUAUGGUGUUAGGCGACCGCGCUUUAUCGAAAAUGACUUUGCAGUUCUGGGUGGAAAGCAUCGCGGCAAAGGUAGAUGGCACUCUCCGACUCCACGAGGCACUCUUGGACCAUGACCUUGAUUUUUUCGUCAUGUUUUCUUCUUUGAGUGGCAUUGUCGGCCAAAUUGGCCAACUCAGCUACAACGCCGCAAACACAUUUCUGGAUGGUUUCGCACAUUAUCGACAUGGCAUGGGGCUAGCCGCCUCCGUAGUUGACAUUGGUGUCAUGGGAGAUGUCGGCGUUGCCGCUCGGAUGGACGGCAUAGUUCGCAAAGCCGAGGCUGACGGGUGCUGCAUCCUGAACGAGCAAGACCUUCUAGGUGCUCUUGAAACCAGUAUUCUGCAUUCUCGGCCCCAAGGGUCAAGCAACAACAAAGGGGACAAGACUCAAAUUGUCCUCGGUCUUUGGACCAAGCGACCUAUCGCGGACCCAUCCACCCAUGUGCUCUGGAAACGAGAUGCCCGGAUGGGUGGGGCCCAUACUUAUAACAAUGAGCGCCACGUGAGCAAAGACUUGCAACAAGAGGAUACUCUUGAAACUAUUGUCCGCAUUGCCAGAACAGAUCCAGGUCAGCUGCGCAAGAGGGCAACUGUUGACCUUAUCACAAAGGUUCUGAUUGAUGUCCUGUCGGAGUCACUCGCUCGCCCAGGCAUCGAGCUUCGCCCUUCUACAAUCCUUGACGAGCUUGGACUGGAUUCGCUAAACACCAGUCAGCUGAGAGACUGGAUCACUCAAUACUUAUUUGUGGACUUACCCUUCCACGAAAUCAUUAGGUCCGAGACUGUGCAAGACCUGGCUGACAAGGUUUCGGAGCUGAUGGACGCUGAGUUUGUCAUGGGCAGGCAGCAUGGGAACGGGUAA